UGCACCACUCAUCUUCAAACCAUAUGAAAACAGGCAUGCCAAAGAAACUCAGAAAGAGAGAGAGAGAGAAUAGAAUCAUUUCACCAAAUCAACAAAGCCCAUUAGACCAAUAGAGAGAGAGAGAGAGAAUCCUUUCACCUAAUCACCAAGGCCCAUUAGAGAGACAGAGAAAGAGGGAGAGAGAAUUGACACCGCCAUUUUCCAUGGCCUCAACUGCUGCAAUUUCUCUCAGAACUCUCAUCCAAAUUCGGAAAACUCGAAGACCAACAAUUCGAAGGCCAUUAGCGAUCGCAGCUGCCCAACCAAACAUUGAUGAAGAAACAAAUGCAAAGACGGCGAAGAAGAAGAACAGGAAUCCUGGUAUGGAUACAAGAAUUCAUUGGGAUAGUCCUGAUGAGGGAUGGAUUGGUGGGAAAUCUCGGCGUAUCGAAGAAAAGCAGGAGAGUUUUAGUGAGAAGUUCUCUGACCUCAUCGACCGCACUGAUUCGCACUACCAGUUCCUAGGCAUUCCACCUGAAGCCGACCAAGAAGAGAUCAAAGCCGCAUUCCGCCGCCUCUCCAAAGAGUACCAUCCGGACACGACUUCUCUCCCUCUAAAAUCCGCCUCCGACAAAUUCAUGCGCCUCAGAGAAGCCUACAAUGUUCUUAGUAAUGAAGAGAGCCGGCGAUUCUAUGACUGGGGCCUUGCCCAAGAAUCAGCGAGUCGAAGAGCUGAGAAACUCAAACUGAAACUCGAAGACCCAUAUGAACAAGAUGUGGAGAAUUUUGAGUCAGUACCAGACAUGGUUGAUCGGCUUGGAGGAAAGAACAUAAAGUUAAGUGACCAGGCCAUGACUGCUCUUACCAUUGAUAUUGCCAUCAUAAUUUUCUCCAUUUGUUGUAUUAUUUAUGUGGCUUUCUUUAAAGAGCCUUACUAGGGAUAAAUAAUGGGUUUGUAAUAUGUGCAGGUGUUUGUUCAAACAACAAAAUAAAGGACAAGGUUUAUACGAGUCCCCCUGACUCAUCUAUUUAAAGGAGUCCCUAUUUAAAUU